ACUUCCCCUGCCUGACCCUUCCUGGUCUGCCACAUCAACAUGGAGGCUCUCUUCAGUAUCCCCUUCUCUCUUCUUGAAUGCCCAAAUCUCAAGUUGAAAAAACCAUCAUGGGUGAAGCAGCCGUCAGCAAUGGUCGUUUUCGCUGCAGUUUUAACGUCAUACUUUUUGGUCACAGGAGGUAUCAUCUAUGACGUGAUUGUUGAGCCUCCAAGUAUAGGAUCUGUGCCAGAUGAGAAAGGGAACUCCAAACCUGUGGCUUUUAUGCCGUACCGAGUGAACGGCCAGUACAUCAUGGAGGGCCUGGCCUCCAGCUUCCUGUUUACGCUGGGCGGUCUCGGGUUCGUCAUCCUGGACCAGACCAACAAGCCGCUCAUGCCCAAACUCAACCGCAUUCUGCUCAUCUGUGUGGGCGGAGCCGCCGUGGUCAUUGCUUUCUUCACCUGCAGGGUUUUUAUGAAAAUUAAACUUCCUGGCUACAUGCAAGCCUAGGAGCUGUGUUUGUUUACUUGUGGUCGGCGUGUAUGUGUGUCCUGUGUAGGGUCACCUUGCAGAGGCGUGUAGGGUCGUCAGCAUGGGUGUGUCCUGUGUAGGGUCACCUUGCAGAGGCUGUAUGGAUGUGUUAGAUCUUACAUAGGCUGUGUUAUGUGUCUGUUGUUACGCAGAGAUGGUGUGAGUGUGCGCUGUGUGUCGUUGUGUAGUGUAUUUGUUCCCGUCAUACCAAAUGUUAACCUAUACUUAUUUUGUUUUAUUCAUUUAAUAAAUCAGUUAUAAAUUAAUAA